CAAGCAUCAAAGGGAUCAGAAGCAAGCAAUCAUUCUUCCCCAAUUUUUGCCAUAUCGCCGCCCUCCACCGCCGUAUACGAAACCGUGUUCUUCUUUUUCCGAUCUUCAGAUUCCAAAGACCUAUCUCUUUCGAUCUCUGAUUGUACAGAUUUCGACAGGAAGAACCCUAACUUUUUACUGAUCGUUUAUUAGCCCUAAUUUCUACAAGUCUCCGAACCCCAAAAUAUGUUGCUAUCACCAGGGCACUCACCCCGCCGGCUCUCUUCUCCGUCACCUUCGGUGUCAGAAACACCGGUUCAUCAAAACCUUGGAUCAUCCAAUUCCUUAGUCACCACAACUCCCAAAAACCCUAGAAAACGUUCUUCUUCUACCGUCCUUGACGAGGACGCGUACGUUGCUGCGAUCGAGAAGAUCAUAGAGCGCGAUUUCUUCCCUGACAUCCCUAAGCUUCGUGACCGACUCGAUUGGCUGGAAGCUACUCGCACCGGUGAUCCUAUGCUAAUACGUGAUGCGCAGUUGAAGAUUAUUGAGAGGCGAUCUGGGAAAGCAUCGGUUACCGAUACGGAAGGUAAAAUUCGGACACCUGGUUCAACUUUUUUUAGAAAUACUACGCCCUUGGAGUUUGAUAAGACUCCUGGUACCGAUAGUUUUGUGAAGGAGGAGGUCUUGAAUGUGGCUAAGGAGUUAAUUAAGGAUGAUGGAUCUGUAGAUGCUGAUUCGUUAACGCUUGAUGAGUUUUUUAGGAAGUAUACCAGUGAAGAUAACGAUAGUUUUUCCAAACUUAUUGAGAAGGUUAAUAAAAAGAAGAGAGAACGGUAUGAGUUCUUACUGGAAGGUGAGAAGCAGGAUAUGGGAUUGAUUGAAGAUGCAAAACCGAGUAGGAUUACGGAUGGUUAUGGGACUUCUGAUCAGCCUUUAGCAACGUUAGAAGGCUGGAAGUAUACUGCAAAGAAUUUGUUGAUGUAUCAUCCAGCUGAUAGGGGCGAAGCACCGCUAACCCAAGAGGAAUUGGCUGAGAGAUUGAAAGGGAUGACAAAGGAAAUUAGCAAGACUAAUACACGCUUCCAUGGGAAAAUGAUGGAUUCUAGGCCUAAAGAGGAUGAUGCCAUAUCGGUUCUCUACAACCCUGUUGCAGGUGGUACCCCAGUUCCAUGGUCGAUGUCAGAUAGGGAUGGAGACAAGUUGAAAAAGUAUGAUUUGGAAGAUUUAAGAAAGACCCCGAAUCCAUUCUAUGUUGAAUCCAAUAAGAAGGUGGAUAACGGGUAUAACUUUGUUAGGACUCCAUCUCCUGCACCGGGUGUGGAUGAAUCCCCAUUCAUUACUUGGGGAGAAAUCGAAGGGACGCCUCUGAGAUUGGAGCCUGAAGAUACACCAAUUGACAUUGGUGGUAGUGGUAAUGGGCCUCAGUUCAAUAUCCCCCUUCCACCUUCAAGAGAUCUCAAGGCUCAUUCUUUAUCAAGGGAGGCUGCUCGGAAACUGAGGGAUAGGUCCAAGAUGUUCCAGAAACCACCACUGCCGGCUACUGCUAGAGGAGGUAGUGCUAGUCCAGGUGCAAGAACCCUUUCUCCUGCUGCACAGAAAUUCGUCAGAAAUGCGAUUGCCAAAUCUUCUCACUCUGUCACUGUUGAUGAAUCACUGCGUGCAAGUUAUCGUGGAUCAAGUCCGGGGAUAGCUACACCAAAAUCUGGAAGGAGUAUGUCAAGGUUAGGAAGAGAUGGUAGCCUGAGUUCGAGAUCUCCAUCUGUAAGGGAGGGCUCUAAUCCUCCUUGGUAAUAACAUGUAUUUAACUUCACUACGGCCAAUGAUUUGAUCUUUUGACAAUGCCUUUGUUGUUGAACUACACAAUUUUUAGUCUCAUAUGGUCCUCUACUUUCGCACAAGUAUGAUAUAUGGUUGUCUAUCAUACUUUCAUCAUAGGCAUCUGUAUUUGAAUCUGCUUUUUUCUAAUAUGUGACUUGUUUAAUUUGUUUCCUUCAGUUUCAUUGCCUUCAUUAUUCUUUUUA